AUGGAGUCCAACGGUGGCAGCACCACGCGGCACCCAAUGGCGUCCCCUCACCGCCUAGCACGCAGCCCCGCCCCGGCCUCCCGCGCCGCCGCCCCGGCCUUCUCGACCGCCAACUUCGUGCGCUCUCUCCGCAAGGCCGCAUCCUUCGGUUACAGGAAGCCCAGCGCCGGCGUCGUCGACGCGGCGGACACGACGCGACGACGCAGCGUGGACACUGUGAUGAUGUCCCCGUGCCGGUCGUCACCUGAGCCGGGCUUCGCCGCGAGGCGGAGCACUGGGAAAUCGUCACCCUCCGUGCGUGUCGGUAGAGGGCCGAGCGUGCCGAGGAAGACGGCGACGACGCCUAAGAAGGAGGACGUGGCGCACCGGGCGUGCGUGCUCACCGCGCGGCUGAUGCAGUGGCGGUUCGCGAACGCCCGGAUGGAAAAGGCCAUGACACGAGCCACCCACGGCGCCGAGAGCAAGCUGCUGUACGUGUGGCGACGCGUGGCCGAGCUGCGCAACAUCCACACGGCGAAGCGGAUCGUGGCGCAGCGGUGGCGGCAGAAGGUGAAGCUGGGCAGGCUCCUGCGCCCGCAGCUUCCCGUGCUCGCCGCAUGGGAGAUGCUCGGCGAGCCGCACUCAGAGGCUGUCUCGGACCUCGGCCGGGUGCUCUCCGCCGCCUCCACAUCCCUCCCCUUAUCCGACGGCGCCCGAGCCAACCUGGAGUUGUGGCACGAAACCAUGCUUACUUGCGCGCGCACCGUGGAUGAGAUCAAAGCAAGGGCUAACAUGUUCUAUGCCACGGGUAGUGUAACUAGUAGCUCGGUGGACGAGCUAGCGAGGACAAUGCAGGAGGAGAUGGAAGGGCUCGAGGAGGUCAUGCGGCUGUGCAGGAUUGUCACUAACCUGCAGGUUGAGGAAGUAAGCCUUCGAGCUAAUUUAAUUCAAGCUAAGCAAAAGAUUGACUUACGCUCGUCGCCCGUUUAUCACAAAAGCGGAGUGCCAUCAUGACGGGAGAUAUCAUCACAAAUAGGAGAUCAGGACGACCGGUCCCGGACUACACGAUUCAAGUAUUCUUGUCGGAAAUAAAUUAUGUAGAUGAGGAUCGUGAGAGGUGCGGUCCCAUGUGCAGAUGUGCUAUAUUUCGGUUGAGUUAAGGUUAACUUAGUACUCCCUUGUAGAAUAGGAGUACUUUUCUGUGAUUUAUAUAUGUGUGGAUACUGUAAUUUGAGAUGUUCGGUGCAUAGUCAUAUCGACGAGUUGUAUGAA